AUGGCUCUUCGUUUGACCCGGAAUUCUCAGCUUGCUGCUGAAAACCGAACAUCGCUGGCGGGCAAAGGCAUGGCGGCCAAGCCUGUGCUAAGACCCAGGGCCGUGCUGGGGGAGAUCGGAAACAAAACCGCAGCUCCGAGACCACUCCUUAAAAAGGAAACUAAGCCCGAGAUGACGAAAGUCGUUCAGAGGAAGCCAAGUAAAGUGGAGAAGGCCCCUGAGGUGCAGCUCCCCAAACGAAAUGCAGUUAAGAAACUUGAAGAGAAAGUAACGUUACCGGUGGUCCCUGAGCCUGCAUCUCCCACACCCAUGGAGACCUCGGGCUGUGCUUCAGAUGAUCUGUGCCAGGCCUUCUCUGAUGUGCUCCUUAAUAUCAAGGAUGUGGACGCUGAUGAUUAUGACAACCCCAUGCUCUGCAGUGAAUAUAUCAAGGAUAUCUACAAAUACCUCCGUCAGCUUGAGGUUGACCAGGCAGUCAGACCGAAAUACUUGGAGGGACAGGAAGUGACUGGGAAUAUGCGUGCCAUCCUUAUUGAUUGGCUGGUCCAGGUGCAAGUCAAGUUUCGCUUGCUGCAGGAGACUAUGUAUAUGACUGUAGGAAUCAUUGACCGUUUCCUUCAGGAUAACCCUGUGCCCAAAAAGCAGCUCCAGCUUGUUGGUGUUACUGCUAUGUUCCUUGCCUCCAAAUACGAAGAGAUGUACCCACCAGAGAUUGCUGACUUUGCAUUUGUCACUGACCGAGCCUACACCACUGCCCAGAUCAGAGACAUGGAGAUGAAGAUCCUGAGGGUACUGAAUUUUAGCUUUGGUCGACCUCUCCCCCUCCAGUUCCUGCGCCGUGCUUCAAAGAUAGGAGAGGUCACAGCCGAACAUCACACCCUGGCAAAGUACUUCAUGGAGCUCACAAUGGUGGACUAUGAAAUGAUCCACUUCCCUCCCUCCCUGGUGGCCUCUGCUGCCUUUGCGCUCUCUCUGAAGGUUUUUGAUUGUGGUGAAUGGACUCCUACUCUGCAGUACUACAUGGAUUACACGGAGGCCUGCCUGAUCCCCGUGAUGCAGCACAUUGCCAAGAAUGUUGUGAAGGUCAAUGAAGGACACACAAAGCACAUGGCAGUCAAGAAUAAGUAUGGUAGCCAGAAGCAGAUGAGGAUCAGCCAUCUUCCACAGCUGAAGUCUUCUGUUAUCAAGGACCUGGCAAAACAAUUGUCUUAAGCUCUAUUGGGCACUGUGUGCUCUUUGUAUAAAAUGUAAUUUUGUUUGCCUGAUUUUAACUUUCUUUUAAAUAAAGAUUUUUACUCAUUG